GUGAGUUGAAAAAACACUUAUCUUAGCCAAUAUUAAUGGGCACAAUAUAUCCUGCACACAGCUUCCUCUCCAUCCAAAACCUCCACUUCAAUAUAGUGAAGGUAAAAAAAUGACAACUUCAAGAUUGAAAACAAAUCUUGUUGUUUUUGCAGCCAUUAUAGUGCUGCAGGUGUGGGAUUGCUAUGCAGCAGCAGCCACAAGUCGGAUAUUACCCAAUGAUCACGACGAUGAGAUGUUGCAGAGGUAUGAAGAGUGGAUCAGUCAGUACGGGCGAGUGUAUUCAAAUGAGACCGAGAAGACACAACGGUUCAGUGUGUUCAGAGAGAAUGCAAUGUUCAUUGAUUCUUUUAAUCAGGCGGGAAACCAGUCUUUCACUUUGGCUAUCAAUGCGUUUGCAGAUUUAUCCAAUGAAGAAUUUCGAGCCACUAGACUCGGUUACAUUAAGCCACCCCCCUCUGGGAUGGCAAUGCCUUUCAUUUACGAGAACAUCACCGCCCCUCCCCCUACCAUCGACUGGAUUAAGAAGGGAGCAGUUACUCCCAUCAAGAAUCAAGAGCAAUGCGGGUGUUGUUGGGCAUUCUCCGCCGUGGCGGCGACGGAGGGACUCAACAAGAUUACCACCGGCAAAUUGGUUUCAUUAUCGGAGCAACAACUGGUGGACUGCGACCGUAUAAGUCACGGGUGCAAUGGCGGAUGGAUGCAAGCCGGGUUCAAGUACAUUACCCAAAACAAAGGCAUAACCAAAGAAGAAAACUACCCGUACGUCAAGGUGCAAGGACCCUGUCAGCAGAAAAAGGCCUCCGCCGUGGCCGCCAAGCUCGGCGGCUUCGUCAAUGUUCCUAAGAACAGCGAGGCAGAUCUCAUGAAGGCGGUGUCGCGGCAGCCGGUGUCCGUGUCCAUCGACGCUGCCGGAAAGCCGUUGCAGUUCUACGGUAAGGGGGUUUUCACCGCCGCUUGCAC